AUGACGCCGCCGUGCCGCUCAUUUCCCGCCUCAGAGCUGCCAGAGCGGAUCCAACAGGAUGCGUCGGGGCGGCGCCGCAAAGUCGAGGGCGCGGGCAGCGUGUCUCGCAAGAUUGACUUGUCGGCCUGCGAGCUGUUGCAGAUGCUGCAGUACAAGUGCGAGGUUGAGCGGCCGUUGUCGCGCGACAGUCCGGUUCGAUGCUAUGCUGUAGAUCGGCUAUUUCGCAGGUGUAAAGACAAAAAAGGAACAUUUACCGUGGAAACAACGGCGUGGGAAAAGGAGAGGGCCAAGGCAGAUGGCGGCUUAGACGGAACGAAACCCAGAGACCUGCCGAAGCCGCAUCAGUGGUCAUCGAACUGGCAUGAUCCCGACGAGGCAUCGCCGUGA